CCAUUGAUUAUCAACACUGUCAAAGAGAAAAUUUUCAUUGUCAACUCGUGUGGAAUUUUGUAUGCCGUUCAUUGCCAAUUUGGAGUAUAAAAAGAAAAAAGGAAUUUCGUGGGAAACCUCACAAUCAACUAACAGAACUAUGAGUAUAAGUGGUAGUGGUGGUGGUGGUGGUGCGGGUGGUGCACGCCCGCCGCCAAGGAUUGAUGGCAUGGUGUCGCUGAAGGUGGACAAUCUCACAUAUCGAACCACCCCUGAAGAUUUGCGACGAGUUUUUGAACGUUGCGGUGAGGUUGGUGAUAUUUACAUACCAAGGGACCGCUAUACACGUGAAAGCCGCGGUUUUGCCUUUGUGCGCUUUUAUGACAAACGCGAUGCUGAGGACGCACUAGAAGCCAUGGAUGGUCGCAUGUUGGAUGGCAGGGAGUUGCGCGUUCAGAUGGCCCGCUAUGGUCGUCCAUCGUCGCCUACGCGUCGCAAUAGCGGCGGCAAUGGUCGUCGUGGAAAUGGGCCUGGUGGCGGCGGUGGUCGUGGACGCGGUGGUGGCGGUGGACGUUCACGUUCCCGUUCCCGUUCCCCAAUUAAUCGUCGUCGUUCCCGUUCGCCUCGUCGUCGUUCGUACUCACGUUCCUUUUCAGGCGAACGCCGAGCCAAAUUCUCACGUAGUCCGAUUCGUGGUGAUAGCCGCAAUGGUGUUGGCGGUGGUGGCGGAGCAAUCGGUGUGGGUAAUUCACGUAGUCGCAGUCGCUCGUAGGUGGCUGCCACCGGCUUGUGUAAAAAAACGUUCCAGAUAAACUAAAGCGUGAUUUUUCACGCUGACAAGGCUUAAAUCGCUGCUCCAGCUUCUAAUCAAUCAUCAUAAUGCUGUACCAGAACAGCAGGUAUAAAAAAAUACAAAAAAAACGAAAGAAACAAUGAAGAUUAUACACAACACACACACCUAUUCUCUUACACCUCCUAUCCACCCACAAAUACACACACACACACAAACACACACACACACACAACUAUCUGUAGUUAUUUUAAGUUUUGGCUGAGGAAAAGAAAACAAAACAGCUGAUUAAGAUGAGGUUCAAUCUA